UGCUGAUAGUGGUGACUUUGCGGUGGUGACUUGAUAUGUUUCGUUUUCAUUUCUGGUCUUGAAACUGGACGAUUUUUAAAGGUGGUUAGUUCGAGUAUCAUGGCCGGGUUAGAGGUGUUAUACAGCUGCGUUUGUGACGCUGUCAGCUGCCCGCAGGACGCUGUGGUUUGUUUCGUUCACUGGGAGAUGAUAAAGAGAGGAUACAGGUGUCUGGGUUCCGGAGACGAGCCUUGUAGCAGUGAUAAGAUGUCAGAGCUGCUGCCUACUGACUGGAGCCACAACAAAGAACUCUAUAGUCUGAGAUAUAAAUCUAAAGAUAGUGACGCCCAGCUGCUGCUCAAAGCCAUCGCUGUUGAUUCUGUCUUAAUCUUCAACCUGAUGAACUGCAGCACGCAGCAGGUGUCGGACCUGACGGUGACCGUCAGAGAUCACGUGGACGCCGACCAUCUGAACACAUUUGACAGUGUUUUCAAGGAUGCAGACAGUUUGUCAGAGAUGGUGAAGAGUCAGUUGCUGCCGUCUUGGGACAGUCCAGCAGGACGGAAGGACGAGCGUAAAAAUCAGAGGGAGGAGGAGAGACAAAGAGGAAAGGACAGCGACCCCCUCCGCUUCCCAAGCCGACACCCUCAGCACAGGGUGCCGCCUCACUGGUCUGACCCCACACAGUCUCCAUUUUCAGUUGGAGGAGCAGAUCUUGAUCCUUUCGGGUCUCACGGCCCUGGUGGGAUGAUACUUGACCCGUUGAGGUCAGGUCAUCCGCGCUCUGGUUUUGAUCCGUCGAGUGGUAUACCAGACAUUCUGCCUCCAGGAGCUGUUCCCCCGGGGGCCCGCUUUGACCCGUUUGGACCCGUCGGACGACACAGACCCGGGCCGGAUCCAGACCACAUGCCACCGCCAGGCUAUGAUGACAUGUUCAUGUAGUGCCUGAGAAUAUUUUCUGCUUUCUGUUUCAUAGAGGAAUUUAAAAAAAAAAA